AUGUCAGCAUUCGAGGAGUUUGGUCUUCAUCCUUCUAUCAUAUGUGCAGUCGAAGACCUAGAUUGGACAUUACCUACUCCCGUACAAGCUGAAGCUGUACCUCUAAUACUCGGUGGUGGUGAUGUAUGUAUAUGUGCUGAGACUGGUACUGGUAAAACAGCUGCAUUUGGUUUGGCAUCAUUACAGGAGAUAUAUGAACAAAGAAAUAAAUCCGGUGUCCACGAUGAUGAUCCUGGUCGUCAGAAUAGCAAGAAUGUUAUACCCUCACCUUAUUGUAUAGUAUUGGAACCAACAAUACCUUUAUGUGAACAGACUUGUAAAUGUAUGAGGGAAUAUUCUAAAGGACCAAAAGGAGUUCAACCUGAUAUUGUUGUUGGUACACCACAAAAGAUAAAGAACUCUAUACAUAGGGGUCAAUUAGAUCUAUCUAGAGUAUUCAUAUUAAUACUUGAUGAAGCUGAUGAUCUUAUUAAGAAUGAUCAAGAUAAGAUACUUGCUAAACUAUAUGGUAUAUAUGCAUUGGAUAAUACAAUUGGUUUGCCAUCUGAAGAGAUAAAGCUUAAGAAACCUAAGAUUGCUGUUAAAAUAGCUGAUGCCUAUAAGAUGGAUAGAUGUAUGGUAUUUUGUCGUACUAAUCUAGAUUGUGAUAAUCUAGAAGCAUAUUUUCAUUCACUUGAUGGUAUAUCAUCAAAUCGUCAUGUGAGUGUUGAAGAUAUGAUGACAUCUACUGCUGGUUAUCAGUAUAGUUGUUGUGUAGUAGCUGGAGCAAGAGGAAGACAACAUAAUCAAGAAGCAUUGGAGGCGUUUAAACAAGGAGUUAUAAGGUUCCUCAUAUGCACUGAUGUUGCUGCUCGUGGUAUUGAUAUAUCAGGAUUACCCUUUGAAAUAAUGCUUACUUUACCUCCAUAUGAUGAUGCUGAAACAUAUAUUCAUAGGAUUGGACGAGUUGGUCGGGCAGGUCACAUGGGACUUGCUAUUGGUAUAGUAGCUGCUGAUGAGGUUAGAGAGAGAGUAUGGUUCCAUAAAUGCAAUAAACCUAGAGGUAGAGGAUGUACUGAUACACGACUUGUUAAAGAUGGUGGAUGUACCAUAUGGUUUGAUGAAUGGAAGACAGUUAAAGAGAUUGAGAAAAUAAUAAAAUCACCAAUACCUGAAGUUGAUCCUAAUGAUCUAUCAGUACCAGAAUUAGGUAUACAACCACCACCAUCAUCAUCACCACAAGAAGAGCAACGAAGAGGUCAUACUAUGGAGAAGUCAGGAGGAUAUGGACUCAAUCCUAUCACACAUAAGGAGGAAUCAAGUGCAUCAAAACGGCGUAUAAUGUGGCUAGAUAGAUUAGCUGCGGAUGAGAGUAGAAGAUCCUCAUCAAAGGUAGUGUAUGGUCAAUUAAUGGCUGAUAAUAAUAAUACUCCCUUAUUGAACAUCUCUCAUCAUGAUCUGAUACUUAGAGAGGAUACACAGAAUGAGGAACGUCGAGUUACCAAGAUGUUUUUGGAGACGCUUGCUUGAAUAUGUUUCUC